AUGGCUACUCUUGUCGGAAUCAACGGCUUUGGCCGCAUUGGCAGAAUUGUCUUCAGAAAUGCUAUCGAGCACGAUGAUGUCCAUGUUGUCGCCGUCAACGACCCCUUCAUUGAGCCCAAAUACGCUGCAUACAUGCUCAAGUAUGACAGCACCCACGGUGUCUUCAAGGGAACAAUUGAGGUCCAGGGAGAUGCUUUGAUUGUCAAUGGCAAGAAAGUCACAUUCUACAUGAAGAGAGAUCCGGCCGAGAUCCCGUGGGCGGAGACUGGUGCUCAUUACAUUGUUGAGUCGACCGGUGUUUUCACGACCACGGAAAAGGCCUCUGCCCACUUGAAGGGUGGUGCGAAGAAGGUCGUCAUCUCUGCUCCCUCGGCCGAUGCUCCCAUGUUCGUCAUGGGUGUCAAUCACGAAUCAUACAAGCCCGACAUCCCCGUGAUCUCCAAUGCCUCCUGCACAACCAACUGCCUGGCACCUCUCGCCAAGGUCGUCAACGACAAGUUCGGCAUGAAGGAAGGCCUCAUGACCACCAUUCACUCAUACACCGCUACCCAGAAGACUGUUGACGGACCAUCCGCCAAGGAUUGGCGAGGAGGCCGCGCCGCUGCCCAAAAUAUCAUCCCCAGCAGCACCGGUGCCGCCAAGGCUGUGGGCAAGGUCAUUCCAUCUCUCAAUGGCAAGCUCACUGGCAUGUCCAUGCGUGUGCCUACCUCCAAUGUGUCCGUGGUUGAUCUCACUUGCGUCCUGGAAAAGCCAGCCUCGUACGAUGAAAUCAAGCAAGCUAUCAAGGACGCCUGUGCUGGACCCCUCAAAGGUAUCAUGGCAUACUCCGAGGAUGAUCUCGUCUCCAGUGAUUUGAACGGCGACACCCACUCUUCCAUUUUCGAUGCCAAGGCUGGUAUCGCCCUCAACGACCACUUCGUCAAGCUCGUUUCCUGGUACGACAACGAGUGGGGAUAUUCCCGACGUGUCAUCGACCUUUUGGCGUACAUUGCCAAGGUCGAUGCUGGCAAGGCUUAA